ACAACCACCACGACAACAACAGCACAAGGCAUAAAAGGCGCUGUACAAUUUGUUAGUGUGUUUUGUUAUAUAAAAAGCUUGGAUUCUCCAUCUCAGAAGGGCAAGUUUUGGGAUUGUGGAAAGGAGUUUCUCUAUAUCUCUUAAUUCAAAACAAAUACACAUAUAAACAAUGUCCGGUGGUAAAGGUGGUAAAGCAGGAUCUGCUGAAAAGGCUUCUCAAUCUCGUUCUGCUAAGGCAGGUUUGACUUUCCCAGUUGGUAGAGUCCACCGUUUGCUCAGAAAGGGUAACUACGCUCAAAGAAUCGGCUCUGGUGCUCCAGUUUACUUGACUGCUGUCUUGGAGUACUUGGCUGCUGAAAUCUUGGAGUUGGCUGGUAACGCUGCUCGUGACAACAAGAAGACCCGUAUCAUCCCAAGACACUUGCAAUUGGCCAUCAGAAACGAUGAGGAAUUGAACAAGUUGUUGGGUCACGUCACCAUCGCUCAAGGUGGUGUCUUGCCAAACAUUCACCAAAACUUGUUGCCAAAGAAGUCCUCUAAGGCUAAGGCUUCCCAAGAGUUGUAAACAGUGGGUGUUUGACAUUUCUAUUACAAAGGGUUUUAUUCUGUUAUUUUGUACAUUA